AUGAACCCGUCACGGGUGCCGCGGACCAGGAAUCUAGAUGCCGAGACUCAGGCACCAAGGCAGCAACUGAGCGUCACUUCACCACUACGCCAGCUUCGAGAGGCCUUUGGCGACUCCAAGCCUCCGGAUAUAAGUCGGAAAAUAACGGCUUGUGUAGCUUGUCGGAAGCAGAAGAUCAAAUGUCACAUGAACGAUUCAAAGCCGCCAUGUGCGAGGUGCAAGAAGAAGGGUCUACCUUGUACUGUAAAUCGCGGUCUGCAAAAGUUGCUGGAAGACGAUGUGUCCUGGAAAGAAACUAUGGAACGGAAGGUUCAGAAAUUGGAAGAAACAAUGGCGACCAUGGCUAAUAAUCGAUCUGCUGAUUUUGUUCAGGGAAGCGAAGAGAAUGCGGACAACAUGGUUACAACAAGAACGAGGCUCUCCGAAUCAAACCAGCAACAUGAGCGGCAGCCCUCCAGCGCUGAAGGUAACCGCUGGAGAAUCGUGGUUGAUUUAGAUUCCAGCCCGGGUGCUCUUCCAGGACAGUACCUUCACCAGACCGGAGAUAGACAGUACAAGCCAACGGAAGACAUCAUCUCCCGCGGUGUCAUAAGUGCUGCGAAUGCUCAGAAAUACUUUACAGAGUAUCGAAACCGCCUCGACCAUUUCGUCUAUCGUAUUCUAGGGAACCAUAGCAAUUCGACGAUGGAAAAUGUACGCGAAUGCUCGCCCCUCCUUAUGACAGCCGUCUGUGCAGUGGGUGCUUUGCAUAUUGCAUCCCCGGACUUUGAGCCGCUGUAUAAGGAGUUCGUCGCUGCCAAUGCGGGAAUGAGUUGCUCCAAGAAGAACACCAUAGAUGAAGUGCGAGCCCUUUGCAUUGGUGCUUUCUGGCUCAGUGACUUAUCUUGGUCAUUGGCCGGGCUUGCAGUACGGAUCGCUACCGAACUGCAACUCCACAGAAGCUUCUCGAAAUCUAUCCAGGGUGAUCGGGACCACUAUCUUCGGGCUCGUCUAUAUUACUCAGUUUACGCCUGUGACCAUCACUUUUCCAUUCCGUACGGUCGACCGCCAAUGACGCGCGAAUGUGAAGCUGUGCGGAAUGCGCGCAUCUUUUUGGAAUGUAAACAUGCCACCGAAGAUGACGCGCGACUAGUUAGUCAGGUCCUUCGUUGGAGUGCCUGUUCCAACAUUUAUGACACCUUCGGGGCCGAUGUCGACCGUCCUCUUGCCGAAUCUGACAUUCCCCACAUACGCCGCCUUGGUAUUGCGUUGGAUACUCUUCGCGCAGAAUGGAUGGACAGGUUUAGUCCAAAUGCCCAUGUCGGGAAUUACCCGCGGAAAGGUGUCGGGAUCCAAUACCAUUUCGCGAAGCUUUAUCUCGGCUCGCAUGCUCUUCGGGGAGCCAAAUCCGGUCAAUCUAGCUUCCACUCGCAGGGUGUCGCUUUGGAGUUGGAGGAGAUAGCUAAUUCUGCCAUUCUCUCUGCUAUAUCAAUACUGCGCGCCGUGGUUUCAGACAGUGAAAUACAGUCUUUCCUGAACGGGUUACCGACCUACUUCCACAUCAUGAUAGCAUUUGCGGUGGUAUUUCUACUCAAGGUCUCCACUCGUUUCUCUUCUUUCGUUCAGCUUGAUACGCAGGAAACACACAGUAUGGUGGUAUCAUUGUUGGCAAUCCUGAAACGAGUGUCGGCUACGAUGCAUCCACAACAUCUGCUGGUCAGCAUUACAAAAGACAUUGAGGAAGUCCUCAAUCGUAGCACAGUUGCACCUGAUGAGAUGCGGGAUCCCUCAACUGCUUCAAAUCCGCCAGACUCAGGGGACCCGUUUCCAAUUACUGAUCCUCUCACAACAGAACUUAACCUGACUUCAGAUGGGUUAUUCGAUCACUAUUUCCUCGACGAGUACGAUUUUCUGCUGGACCAGGAUCAUACCUUCUGA